CAAAAUCAAAUCGAGGCAAAGCAAUCUGGAGCUCACAAAAUGGAAGAUCCUAGGACGAUUUUGGAAGAGAAGCUGCCUGUUGUUUUGGAUAUUAUUCUUACAAGACCAAACCAAAUUGUUGAUGAUACAUACAUCGAGAAACUCUUAACAUGGCUGAAUACUAUUGCAUCAGAGAAGGACAAUGGAGACUUUCUUUUGAAUCCAAAAACAAACAUUUUGCAGUUUCUUUUGUCUGAACCGGUUAGACUAUUAGAGUCACCAAUUUGCGCGAAUUUUGCCCUGAGGCUUGUUGGGCUAGUAGGUGGCUCUUCUUCUGAUGCUUGCGAAAUGCUUAUUGAUGACGGAAUCCUGGAAAAUUUGUUUGGAAGAUAUCAACUUAAUGAGAAUCUGUUUGUGAAGAGUGCAGUCACAAGGUUUGCAUUUUUCGAAGGCCUCUCAUCCAUGCUUGGGAAUUCAUUUGCUUAUUCUUGGGUUCUGAAGAAAAAUGGGUUUGUUUGCCAUGCUACAAAAGCAUUCACAGACUCCAGUUUCUACGUCUCUGCAUCUGCAAAGAGGUUUUUAGCAACUUUUCUGCUAGCUGCAAAAACAUUUGAUAGCAAAUUAGAUGAUGGAGGUAAAGACACUAUCUUGAAAGCCAUUUCAAUAGAAUAUAAAAAAGCUUCUUUGAAGGACAAGCAACAGUAUCUAGAUUUGGUUUCUCAGAUUUUUGACAGUGAUAUGGCAACAGCCAUCCAACUUUUGGAAAGUUUUGGUGGAUUGCAGUCAUUUAUGCAUCAUUUGCAUUUAAAACGGAAAGGAUCAAAACUUCUUCAAACAGUCACAGAAAUCUGCUACAAGCUUUUAUCUAGAGGAUGUAAAUCGCACCCUGGACAUGUCUUUUCCAAAUCUUUGGUAGAUGCAGAUGAAGAUCUGGAAAUCAUAGAAAUUUUGCUAAGUGUUGCAGUUAGUAUGGCCAAGGAAGAUGUUGGCAAUCUGUUUUAUUUCCUAACAAAGACAAUAUGCAUUGAAUUAAAUACACUACAUCAUUGGAAUGAGUUGGCUCUUUGUCUUGUUCUGUCUGGCAUUCUUCAUUGGAAAGUUGACACCCUAACAAUAACUUCUAAUUGGUUUUGUGAGGGUAAAUGGGAGUAUGCAGGGUUUCAAUAUUCAGAGCUUUCUAUUCGACUAACGAAGGACCUUAAAUCAAUCAUGGAAAAACAUUUGAUAGAGAAAAAGGUGUGGAAAGAGUGUCUUAUUUUAACAAUGGGUGCAUACAAUGAACUAUUUUCUAAGAGCAUCAAAGAGUCCUGUAGCAAGGAAGGGAUGUCGUUGGUAGAAAUGUGGACACAGUUUCUCUCUGACCUGAUGGUGAUAACCCCAGCUAAAGCAAAGGGAGACCUCCGGCUAGAGCUGGAUGCAGAACUCGUUGCAGCUUGUACUGGGUGCAGAAACUUGGCGUAUAAAUGUGCAACAGCUAUUGAGCAGAUCUUAAUCAAUGACUGGUUUUCAGGCUUUACUGCUCAAACAAAGUUCAAAGUCAUCAACGCAGUAGUCAAAACUAUAAAUGAUCAAACUUUGGAUACCCAGACACUUUCUGCUGGCAUCAAGUUAUUUUCAUGCCUAGUUGAUAAAAUUGAUGAUAAAAUAACAAGUGAAGCGAUACAGGGCCACAUGGAGGCAGAUUCAUCUAUAAGCUCAACAUGCGAAGAAGAUCAUUGGUUUGCGUUGUGUCCAGAUUUACCAACAGUUUUACGAAAGUUGAUUAUUGAUAACCGAUGGGAGGUCAGAGACUCCACACUUGACAUGAUUUCUGUCUUAGUCACAAAAGCCAAAGGGGACGAGUGUUUGUGUGAAUUUUUGUUGAACCACCAGUUCUGGUUAGAAUCAUUGCCGUCACUUGAUGCCGAUGAAAGCUAUUUACGGGCCACUACUGUCCGCUUCAUUGGAAUUAUUCUAGAGAAUCAAAGAACAAGAUUAGCUCUGUUUAGUCAUACUGAAUUGAACAUGAUUUUUGAGAAAUUGUUGGUCAUUUUUAAAGAGGAUGAUGAAGCCUUCCCGAAAAGAAGCUUGAUGGAAGCCAUGUACAGAUGGCUAGAUUUGGCUGAAGUGGAAAAGAUCUUGCUCUAUUAUGGAAGUGAGUUGACAGGGAAAAGUGAAACACAAUUUGCAGCCAAGUUAUGUGACUUGAUUUUUAAUCUGCUGGAUAUUUCCUACAAGAGCUUUGAUUGGGAGGUUAAAUUAAAAGCUGUUCAAUGUUGGUUGAAGAUUUUAAAGAUGCCCUACAAAAUAUCGAGUGACUUUAGCGAUAAUUCGCCCACAGAUACACAUAUUGGCGUUUUACCACUUAGUUUACUUUGCUCAAAGAAUGGUGCAACAAAUUUGGUCAUAUUUCUUAAUGAUUGUGAUCAGCUUGUGAGAGAAGCUGCUCUAAAAACUCUACAAUAUAUAAGAGAAAAGGAAUUGCAUGCUUCAAAUGCACCAAUCACAAAUAAAAAGGUGAUUGAAUCGUGUUAUGAUAUCGAGACCAUUGGAAACAUAAGUUUUUCUUCAAGGGAAGAAUUUAUAGCAUUCCUUGGAAAAAUUGACUUUCAGCUUUUGGCUCAAUCAAUAAAACUUGCAGAUGAAAGCGUUACGAAUAACCCAUUGUCAUUAUUAGAUGACAUAAUUUCUGCUGCAAAGAACAGUGAUGAUAACCUUUUAGAUUGCUAUUAAUGAAAUUGCUGUUGCAUUGAAAGCGCGUUUCCUGUAGCAGGUUGCAGUCAUUAUGAUGAAAUUCUAGAUAAACAUUGUCUUUAAAUUGAGACAAACAGUUUAUUAUAUAUAAAAUUUGCCCUGUUUACUUUAAAAGGUGGAGAAACAGUUUCUAUUGUAUUCUUGGUCGUUUCUAAAUUGGCUGCUUUUACGUAGGCAAUCUUUUGUCAUCAAGUCUUUCUAUUUAUACAUGCGGUUCCCUCACAUCAUUUGGCCAGGCUAAUGAUUGCCCUUAUAAGAGUAAUUUUGCCCUGGACAAAACUACUGUUUCGUCUAACUUGUUUAACCUCUAACUUGAUUGAGAACAAUCUUAGCUCAUUAAGAAUUCCUAAUAUUGGCAUAGACCCCCCUUAUUGGCCCCAUUCACACUACUCCUUUUUUGUAUAGUAGCAGACCGAAGUGUAUCUCUCUUCACCUUCAUUCACAUCACACUGCUAUAGAUAUAGAGUCAAAUUAGAACACAACAAAAUGAAACCACUUUAAAGGAAAAAUCCAAGUGGAUGUGAACACUACAGAUCCAUUAUCCAAAAUACAGAUCAAAAGUAUGACAAUCCAUUAUUUUUCAUGCGUUUUGUUUUCAUUGACUACUAAAAACUGCUAAAAGCUUUUUGAACAACUGAUGGCAAUAUUUUUUGGCCUAUAUAAGGUAGGGAAUAAGAUCUCAAAUCUAUUUAGCAAAAAGUCUGAGUUCCCAGGGGACUGUCUUAACGGGAUUCAACUGCAUAUGGUUGAUACUUAGAAGAGUGAUCACCAUUGUAAGCUUGUUGACCUGGACAGUCUGCAACCAUUGAGUACUUUUUUCAUGCAUUGUCCUUGUAAUAAUCAAAUGCUUGCAGUAGUGUUUCUAAAAAUACCUCUAGCACUAACAGAAAGCAAACCAGUGUAGUUGUUGCAAAAUGAUAAAAUGGUAGACAACAGAUAUUGGUUCUUUUGCAGUCAUAUAACAAAAAACUACUUCAUAAUAAUACCCUUGAUGCAUAUGGUACACGUACCAGUGAAAAUCUACAAUAAAAAGAUUUUUAAAUCAAUAGUUUUUCAAUGGCCAAUUGUAUGGACUGAAUUUGUGACUUCAGCUGUGAGCCUUCAUUAACAGUAACAGCACAGCUAAUUACAGGUCUUGAAACUCCAGUUGCUCUUCCAAGUGCUUGUUUUGAACGAACAAAGACAUACGGUACAUUCUACAAAAAGACAAGAAUUCCAUCAUAGCGUACAAUUUUGGCUGGCUCAUUAUGAGUAUGGGUUCUGCAAAACUAAACAAUGACCAAAAAGCAAAAUGUUCGAAGAAUAAAAAACUCAUGGCAGCAACACAGCUUAAUGGGAUACAAAUGAGUCUUUAGGAGAAGUAGGUAAGGUAAGAGGAGCACUAAUAUAAAAGCAGCAAAAAAUUAUUGAAAAGUUGUCUAUAU